AUGCUGAGUAGAAGCCUGAACGUCCUAAACCCUUCUCCUCCUGCUAUAUCGUUGACACCUGCGGCAUCUCAAGGAAGAAGUAGAUCAGGCACCUUACCUUCGUACAAUUCACAGAAUCAUAAUGGUUAUAUAAACAACUCCCCUUUGGUUAGUGGAGCCAUUGACCUUCCGACGAUGGAUCAUAUUUCUCUUGGACUUUCCAAUAGCAACACCCACAAUGGUAAUAAUAAUAAUAAUAAUAAUAAUAAUAAUAAUAAUAAUAGUAAUAAUACAACCGCAGUCGAUAUCCCAAUCCCGGCCCAACAUACGUCUUCAUCUGGACGAAGAAUAAGAUCUGGCUCGCUUUUCCUGACGAGCUCCAUCUGGAAUGAUGACGCCAUUAAUGUCUCGCCCAAUGUAAUGGACAAUGGUAGUAUUCAUUCUGCAUCCAGUGGUUCAUUCUUGAGCCCAAGGUUGUCGGCACUGCAAUCGAUCAACAAUAAUAUUAAUAAUAACAACCUUAAUCACUCCAGUCAUAUAAAUAAUAACAACACUAAUAAUAAUACUAAUAAUACUAAUAACAAUAAUAAUAGCAUUUCAAGCCCUAUGGAUUACUUGAGUUUGAAUAACAAUUCAUCGGCUGCUAACGCACCAAGAAAUAGAUCUUACACCACUACUGGUGCAAUCCUGAACAUUUUGAACCAGAAUUCUUAUAAUGGUGAUGUGAUUGGAAGUGGUAGUCGCUUAUUGUCCACGUCUUUUGGUCUGUCUAAUGACAUGAACGCAUAUUUGGAUAGCUUAAUGGGAAGUAAUAAUGGUGGAGUCUCUGCUUCUGGGGUGCAUGAUAAUGGUGGACUCAACUCGGUGACACCUGGAGGACUUUCAACAAAUGGCGGAGUGGGAACUCCAUCAAGCUUGGCUGCAAUUUCGUCGUACAUGAAUUCAAGAAAUAGAGCACAGACCUAUUCUGGUACCACUCCAACAUUAUCUGAGGCUACAUUAUUUGAACCUCAACAACAACACCAACAAACCCAAUUUAACGACUAUCUCAAAGAAGGAGACUCCUCAAGUAACUAUCCGCAAUAUACAAGCCUAAAUGCUACUUACUCGCAAAAUUCGACCGAAUCUCCAGUUCUUCAAGAUGACUUUGAUAUCACGAAACUAAACAUUAUCACCAACUUUGAAAACCCAAAUUUGGGCCCAACUAGAUUUAUAUUGUUUGACAAUCUUCCACACUUUGUAGAUGCUUUGAAAAUGUGGUCUAUACUUUCCAAUUCAUUGGGUACUCAUAGAUCUGUUGGUAGUAUCAGAAGCGUUAGGAUGUCGACAUUGAAUACCUCCAAAAUUGCUUUAAUUGAAUGUGCAAGCAUUGAAAUUGCCAUGGGCCUCAAAGCUAGCUUCAAUCACUUAGAGUUGGUACCUGGAGUUGUUAUUUAUAUUGCAUUUGUAAAAUUUGAGGAACAGCAACAGCAACAGCAACAACCUCAACAGCAACCUCAACAGCAGCAAGGUCAGCCACUGCUGCAACAAUCUAAAGUCAGCUCAUCCGAGGGCAGCAGCAAUUCUGUUAAUGGUAAUGGCAAUGGCAAUGCUAACGGUAGCCAGACGCUUUCUACUAAGCGCUCGGAGACAUUCCAACCUCCUCCCACUAAUUUAUAUGCAAUCCAAGAAUCACUCUUGGAUUCUAUUCAUAAAUUAAACGUUAACGACAAGUCGGAUAUUGAUGUGAAAAAGAUUCAGUCAAUUGUUUCAAAAUCAAUUAAUUAUCCUAACGAAAACUAUCAGGAUAACUUUGGACCAUUGCCCGAUCCAAUCCCAUUGAGACAAUUUGACUCACCAAAGUUGAGAGAUUUAAGGAAGUUAUUGGAGUUGACCGAAGGUGGGUCGCCUGGACCCCAAGCUCAAGAAGGAGUAGAUGAAUCAGACCAACAGGAACCAUUAUCUCCUCUCAGUCAGUUGGAAUUGGAGGAACUUUGUCUUGCUAUGUUGGAUGAACUUCCCGAGCUUUGCUAUGACUACCUUGGUAACACUAUAGUUCAAAAAAUUUUUACUUUAGUUGAAUCUCCACUAAUCAAAUUGAUGAUGGUGAAGGAAAUUACUCCGUACUUAACUCAAUUGGGUAUUCAUAAAAAUGGUACAUGGGCUAUUCAGAAGAUUAUUAACUUAUGCUCUAGAAGUGAUUAUCAGCAACAAUACCUCAUUGGAGCUAGUUUAAAACCAUAUGCUGUCAAGCUAUUCAAUGAUCAAUUUGGUAACUACGUCUUGCAAGGAUGCUUGAAAUUUGGAUCUCCAUUCAAUGAUUUUAUCUUUGAAGCAAUGUUGGACAAUUUCUUGGAAAUCAGUUUUGGAAGAUUUGGUGCUAGAAGUAUUAGAACCAUCCUUGAAACUAGUGCCUCUAAGGUUGAUGAUGGAAGAGAAAUCGUUACCAAGGAGCAAAUCUUAUUGGUUGCUGGUUUGAUUAUUCAGUUCAGUAACGAAUUAGCGGUAAACAACAACGGUUCUUUGUUGAUUACUUGGUUCCUUGACACAUACAGAUGUAAUAGCAGUACUGGUACUGACGACAGAUAUAAGAUCCUAACCGCAAAGUUCUUGCCUCAUUUGGACACCCUUUGUUGUCAUAAAUUGGCUAAUUUGAAUAUUUUGAAGAUUUUGAACAACAGAACAGAUUAUCAACUGAAGCAGUUGAUAAUGGACGAAAUAUUUGGUAAGUUUAAUGAAUCUGAUGAAGAAUUAACUCCUGUUCCUUCUAAGUUGUUGGAGACGAUAUUAUCAGAAAACUUAGACAAUAGCGCAGGGCCUGUAUUCAUCUAUAAAAUUUUAUCGAAUUCAACCUUCUUGAACAACGGGGAUGAAGUCACUGGUGAUGUUAAGAAUAUCAAAUACCAGAACUUUAUCUUGCUGCAGAUCAGAAGGAUAUUGUUAGAAUUGAAUAUCAGCAAUAUGCAACCAUACAAGAAAUUGAUGGAUGAGGUUGGAUUAAGUAGUACCAAAUUGAAUAGAAGUAAUUCAUUAAAUGGUGGCAGACGGAAUAAGAGAGGUGGAAGAAACAGAGGUGGGCAAGGUCAACAAAAUCAGCAAAACCAUGGUCAACACCAGAAUCAGAACCAUAACCAUAAUCAUCAUCAACAACAGCAUCAGCAACAGCAGCAGCAUCAACAACCUCUUCUUACUAAUACUCAUUACCAAGGUGGGGCUAAUCAAUCCCAAAUUAACCCAUACGCUCAAAUGUUCAAUCCCCAAUACAAUCAACAAUACCUGAUGAUGAUGGCUCAACAACAAAUGCUUCAGGGCCAACCGCCCCUUGGCCAGCAGCAGCUGGUUCCUGAACCGCUGUUUCAACUGCCGGCUUACUACCAGCAACAUCAACAGCAGCAGUCACAGCAAGACCAGGCAGUAAUGCAACAGUUAGAGCAAUUGUCGUUGAGUUCUGCAGCAUUGGGCUAUAAUUCAAACCCAGACACACCAACAAUUGCUUCUAGUCAAAGACCGCUGUUCUUGUAG